UGGAAAUUCGUAUAAAUAACAGAACACGUUUGAUAACUAUCCGAACCUACCGAUGGUCAGAAAUCUCGUUAUGCAGUCCAUGUCUAUUUAGAGUAAAUGAUUUUCACUAAGGGCACAUGUAUGGUACUGUUAUGAAGUGAACUGGUCAUUCUAUUUAAAAGGAUUCUGACUAAUAGAACAAAUGAAACGGCUCAUUUUGUUAAGUAUUGUGGUAUUGCUAUAUGUGUCCAAAUUUGGAAGAUUAUUUGUACGCAAAUGAAUAUUUAUAGAGUUUUGAUUGACCUUUCGAUUGGGUUGUAUUUGAAUGUUUUUGGUUUAAUUAGAUAUAUAGGAUCUUUCACGAGUCGUAAGAUUAUACACAAUUUCAUUCAAAGAGUUUAGCAAAUAUGUCACUAAGUGAGCCUUUGACGAGCCAAAUAACAUAUUGCCAAGUAGCAUACAAUUGUGUAUUAUAGUAUGAUGAGUGUCAGAUUUAUCCGAUGUCUUUUCCUGUAAGAAAAUAGCUUAAGCUACCUACCGGUUUCACCUGUUUUAGUGAAGAACCGACCACCAAUGCAAUGGCAUUUAUCGCUCUUAAUGCAUUUAAGAGAUGUAGAACUUGGGAUAAUUUAAAACCACAGAUAUAUCCGAUCGUGUCUAUUUUGUUCAGAAGUAAAAUGCACUCAAACUAAGAUUAUGUCACACCAGAAAUACGUAAAUAGCUUAAAAAUUAACACAAUUUGCUUUCUUUUUAAUUGUGACGUCAUGUCCGGUAAGAUGACAUCACAAUUUAUAAUAUGUACAUGAAGUAAUUUCCUGUUAAACUCUUUAAGAACCAAAUUUUUUUUUUUUUACAAAAUCGAGAAAAAAUUAUCACGCUUUCCGCUUAGGUAUUAAAUGGAAAAUGUACUUCUUUAUUUAAGAAAAUCUUCAUCAUAAAUAAAAAAUGAGAAAGAAAACGUAAGACUUGCUACAAUACUGCCAAUUAAGCAAUUAAUUUUGCCAUUAUUUUUUUUUACAAACACGCGGAGUGAUAUAUUAUCUCACCUAUAAAAACAGGGUAAUGUUAUAUUACACAUGUGUAAUGCAGUGAAAUACAUGGUGGCUAUUUUUAGCCGGAAAAAACAACAUGUGAUAACAAGUGAUCAUUUAUUGCUGCUUAAUCAGUGUUAUAUGAGACCUUAAUCUGUGUUAUAAUAAGGAAAUUUAUGCAUUGUAAAUUAUAAAAAAGCUUUCAGUAUAAUAUUUUGUUUCCUUAAGUCUAGGGUCUCAUUGUUGAUUUUAAUAUCAGGACAAAAUGCUUAAGCUUAAGAUAAUAUUUUUAUUUUCAUGGUUUCUAUGUUAUGUGUGUGAUUUUAAUUCCGUUGAUUCUGCAAUAUAUAUGCCAAAUGAAGUCAAAGGCGGAUUAAGCUUCCGGAAUUGUAACAGCACGCCUGUACCCCUCACCUUUGAGCAUGUUGACAUUCAACCCGACCCCGUGCAAAUGGACCUUGGCUACGUCAAUCUCAGUAUGAAUGCAACACUCACGAAGAUGAUUGGUAAUUCGAGCAAGGUUGAUGCCAGUUUGAGCAUACGACUGAAGACAGAGCACGGUGAAACGGAGCUUUGCUAUAUUCUUGGAGAGAAAUGUUACGUUUCUGACGUUUGCCACUGGGUCAAGUCAACGCUCAACAUCCCAACGUGUACUUUUCCACCGUGAUUGCAGUUUACUUUGAACAAACAUGAUGAUCAUCUACGUUGAAAGAGAAGUGGCGUCGGAGAAGUUUGCCUAGUUGCACUUAUAUGUUCACAUAAAUAAGAUUUGUACAACAUUGAUGUAUAAGUUUUGCUUCACCAUACUAAUAAACAGUAUUUCCUGAAACAUUCAAGCAUCGAGUUUACCCUUUUUUAACAAAACUGACUCAUUAUAUUUUUUUUAAAUAAAAGAAAUUGUUACGUUGCGUAAUAAACAAAAAAGAUUUGUUUACAUAUAUAAGUCUAAUGCUAAUUAUAACAACUAUGAAAAGCCUUUUCAAAGAAAUCAGAAAUAUUAUGAAGGACAGGAAGGAAACUCUUCAAUUUCCAUUAUGCUUAAAACGAAAACGUAGCUCGUCUAAAUGUCUUCAUAGUUCGUGAAAAUGACAUAGUAUCUCGAUUAAACGACCUAACAAGUUACUAGGUCGUUUUGACGAUAAAAAAGACACGAAUGUCAUCUCUAUACAAACGUAUGAUAUAUUAAAAGUUUUAAUUUAAUACAUAUUGUUAUCGUAUAACAGAGCGCGCAAUUUUGUUCAUGUUUGAUUAAAAAAGAUUUUAAUAAACGGAUUAGCUUGA